UCUUUUAUUCCCAUAUUACAUCACGCAGAAACGUCCAAACUCUUUACUUAUAACGAAGAGCAGGCCUCACAAUCCUGCACAUAGUCUCAUAAUCCCACCCACUCACGCUCUCUACCAACGCAACCUUAUAUUCUUCCCGGUGCAGGUCCGUCUGACGGCUGGUCAUCAACUCGUGUUAUACUACUCCUGAAGCAACUGAUCUAAUCAAUCUACACAACUGGCACAAUAUGGCUUCCCACACUCUUCGACCUCACCGUUCCCCCUCUCCCUCCCCUGAACCUCCUGUUAACCUUGCCAACCCGGCUAAACUCACCCGCCAAUCUCUUGGUCCUCCCACAUCCGGUAACUCCAAAGGUUUUGGAUCCCUCGGCUUGGGCCCUGGACUCGCGUCUCCUAGCUCCUCUAGCCAACCCAGACACGUGAGCUCGUCCGUCGCUAUGGGUAUGGGAAACCGGGACAGUUUGAGCCCCAGGCCAAGCGGCGUUGGCAGCGGAAGGGCCGUUUCUGCCACUACGGGUCCUAGGCCGAGCAGUGAAUUCAUUCCUACCCGCGAGGCCAAGACUCCCGAAGCGGAGCAAAUUGAUCAAUGGUUUAAACACCUUGCUAACUGGGAAGCGACCCUUGAAGAAAUGGCGGCUGCGAGCACAGACCAAAACUUUACCGAAGAGCUUGGCGCGAUUGAGCAAUGGUUCCGCGUUCUCUCUGAGGCUGAGCGUACUGCCGCUCUGUACUCUCUUCUCCAAUAUUCCACUCCGGUCCAGAUCCGUUUCUUCAUUUCGGUGCUCCACCACAUGUCCCAAUCUGACCCCAUGUCUGCUCUCCUCUCCCCCAGCCUUUCCGGUAACAACUCUUUCCAGACUCAGGUCGAGUCCAAGCUGUCCAAUAUGAACCUCAAGUCCCCCUCCGCAGGCGGCGGAGCCGGUUUCACUGGCUCUUCUGGUAAUGGGCACUAUCUCGCUCCAGAUGAUGCUGCAACAAAGGCCGCGAAAGCAAGGCAGAACCGUAUCUCCGCUCCUGGUACACUCCAGCCGCACGACAGGUGGCAAGGUCAGCUUGAUCAGGUGAUCGAGCGAGGUACAUCUCCGGGUUUGGAAAGUAACAUUUCUGGCCGUAGCCGAAGCAAGUCGCCCACUCCUGAACCCCGACCCAAGUCUACUGACUUUUCGGGUAAACCUCGAGAAUCCCUCCACCGUGACAGCACUGCCUUCCCUCGCUCUCCUCGAGUUUCUGCUGGUAGCCCCGGUAUUGGCUUGGGUAUCGGACAUGAGUCCCCUAUGGCCAGUCCGUUUGGGAAUAACGCCAGCUGGGCGAGCAUGGUCAACACCCCCCUUGUACAGAAUUUCAAUGAUGGCAAGCUCACCGCUCCUGCUAGCGUCGCCGACCUCUCUCAGGCUCUCAACAUGGCGACCCUCCAGCUCAACAACCCUGGUUACCUUCCUCUUGAUGAUGCUCGCAAGUAUCGACGGCCCACUGGCGGUUACUCUUCCGGCCAGACUUCUCGUAACGUCUCAGGCCAAUACAACGACGACGGUGAGAUUGUCAAUCCGCAUACUACCCAGCCUGGUACACCCUCUGGCCUUCUUCCUAACCAAUUUGGAACAGCGGGACGCUCGCCUCUUGUGGAUCAGUUUGGUUUGGGCGGCUUGGGUAUCGGUGCCGAUCCCGCAACGUUGGCUAAUCUCGGACUGAACUACAACCUUGCAGGAUUGGGAGGUGUGAACCCUGGCUUAAACGGUUUGACUGCCGCACAAGCCCAAGCGGCGCAGAUGCUCGCUAUGCAACAACAACUCCAAAACUCCCAAUACUCGCCGUUCAACGUCUCCGCGUCUAGCCUUCAGCCGGGGUUGAACCCGUCUCGACGUGGCGCCAGUCGAGACCAGUCUUCGCAUCUUAACCAACACCACAACCAACAUCAACAACAGCACCAGCUUGGAAGGCGAAGUCCCAACCCUAUGAAGUCCCACUCCCCCGCACCUGGUCAACAGACUGGUGGUGGAGGUGCUGGUGGUGGCGCUGGUGUGGCAGGACCCGAAGAUGUGGAUGUGAGGAUUUUGGAGGAUGUGCCCAACUGGCUGAGAGUUCUCAGAUUGCAUAAAUAUACGCCCAACUUUGAAAAGUCCAACUGGAACGACAUGGUGUUGAUGACAGAUCAGGAUCUGCAGGACAAUGGUAUCUCGGCGCAAGGUGCGAGGACCAAGUUCCUCAAGGUAUUCUACAACGUGCGAACCAAGAUGGACAUUGCCCACCCUCCAGGGCAGGAAGAGUACGCUCCCGGACCCAAAGAAUCCAAGUAAACUGCUCCCAUCAUCGGCCAGAUCAAGUACCUUCAUUUAAUUUUUUGUCUUUCCCUUUUUCCCGUUCUUGGAAAUCUGUUUUUAUGACAAAUGUCAAUAUGUAGCUAUGAGGGGUCGUUCGCAACAUCUAGAUAACAGGAAAUGGCGGGUGAGGGAUGAAGAUGGGCAGGGUAAUCAUUACUGAGUCGAAGAGAAAAGAAGGUUAGGGGUAGGCGGCGCAAGUUUAUUCGAAAGGCUCGAAUCUCUUAUUCACAUUUAUUAGUUUUUAUCGCUUUCGCUCUUUUGUUUUUCUUCUAUUGGAAAUAUGUUUUUCGUUUGCAUGCUAAGUUCCUGAUGACGACCAAUAUUGGAAG